AUGAGGUCCAAAUUCGUGCUGUUAAAUUGUCCUCACUCUAUUCCAUCUGGUCUGCCAUGCCUUCCUAACAUUCAGAUUGCCAACCCCAGAUCUGAUGUAUGCAAUACCUGUGAGCGCCACAGAGAGCACAUUUUGAAUGCAAGAUCUGAAAAUGAAAAGCUUACAGCAACAAGAAAUUUUACAGAUCACAUUGAAAAAGCAGAGAGGGAGCAUCACCUCUACAUUCAGUGCAUUAAAGAAGCCAGGGAAGAACAUCAGUCUAUUCAGCUUCCUGAGCCACCUGUUACACCCUGUUCCACAGAUUUCCUCAAAACUCACUACACUUUUGACUUCGCGCAAUGUGUGUCUGUACCUCAUCAUUCCAGACAAGUAGGGCCAUUAUUCUUUGAGACACCACGGAAAAUUCAGAUCUUUGGAAUUUGUAUGGAGGGAGCAGGAUCUCAGCGAAAUUAUUUGAUUGAUGAAGACCAGACCAUUGGAAGAGAUGGAAAGAAUGCCCAUGGGCCAAAUACAGUCAUCAGCAUACUUCAUCACCAUUUUCAAAAUUAUAGCAUGGGAGAGAAAUGUGCUGUUCUUCACUGUGAUAACUGUCCAGGUCAAAACAAAAACCGGUAUGUGAUUGGAUAUUUGCUAUGGCGGGUCAUGAUUGGGCUACAUCGAGCAAUUGAACUUCACAUGCAGAUACCAGGGCAUACAAAAUGUCAAGUGGAUGCAGGCUUUGCUCAGAUCAAAAAGAAGUACAGGAGAUCAGAUUGUGACACUUUACAGCAUGUUGCUGACGUAGUCUCCAAGUCCUCCAAAAGUAACGAGGCUGUGAUAAUAGAGGAUGGAAAUGUGAAAUACUAUGAAUGGAAAGAGUAUAUAAAAACAACUUUUCAGCCUUUGAAAGGGAUACGCAAGUUUCAUCACUUCACUUUUUCAGCACUGCUGCCUGGAGUUGUAUUAUGCAGCGUUGAUGUAGAUGGCGACAAGGUCCCAGUAAUCCUCAGUAAUCACGACCAAAUCAGUGUAAAUCUACCACCAGAGAUAAUGCCGGGCGGACUCAGUAGAGAACGACAGGAAUAUUUAUACAAACAUAUCAGACCUCAUGUCCGGGAAUGUUUCAGGGACACAACAUGUCCAGAAUUUCAUGAAGAAUAAGUGAAAGUUUCAAUUGUUUCCGACAAUGAUUAACGUCAUUUCAACGUCAUUUUUUGUAACGUCAUUGAAAUAUUAUCUUAACCUUUGACAGCCUAUAUCUCAGUAAAUAUGCUGAAUAUUUGACCCAAACUUCACAUGUGUCUUUUUAAUGUUGUUUUCUAUCAUAUUCCAUUAAAAAGUUAAUUUUGA